UGCACAUUAAUAAAUAAAACCCAAACGCAACAACCGCAACCAAACCAACGCACACUCUUUCUCUCUCUCUAUACGGAUAAUACACAACUACUUUAGAGAGAGAGAGAAGAAAGAGAGAGAGUCUCUAUCACACACAGUGACACAGGGACUCGCUCACUGAGAGAGAAGAAAGAGACAGUAGUCUUCUGUGUGUGUCUCUUGUGUAUGCAAAGCAAGUGUAAACUUAAAGCCCCAUUUCUCCUCUCUCUCUCUCUCUCUCUCUCUCUCUCUCUCUCUUGCAGUGUACAGCUCCCUUUGUUUCUGGGUCUUUGUCUGUGUCACUCUGUGUGUGAUAUGGAACCAGCAAAAAUUGAUUGGAAAAACGUAGAAUGGAAAUUUGUAGAGGAUAAAGCCUAUGAGCAAAUAAACGCACCCAAGUGGUUCGAUUUCUUGAACCCAGAUCAAAACUCUGUGGACGACCAGGCCUGGUUCUGCAGACCCGAAUGCAAGCAUCCAAAGACGGCUGAAGAUUUUCUCAAAUCAUCACCUCCCAAGAAGGUUUCAAGCCCAGCUGUUGUUUCUGAAGUUCCCCCACUUGGUGAUAAAAUCCAGAGAGAUGUGAAAUUGAAGAGAAGAGGGUUCACUCAGUCUUCAAUUUACCCGACUAAUAAUUCUAGAGUCAAGGAAGACAGCGAAAAUCAGAACCCCAACCUAUCAACUCCUCCAAUUAACCAAGCUAAGUCCAUGAAGGCAACAAUCAAAUCUAGCGCAGAGAAGACACAGCCAAUUGAAAGGGCACCACAGAACAGUGAGGUUCUUCCGAGGCUGAGAAGCACGCUGUCAGCGAGGAAUUUAUUUGCAGGGCGAGAUAUUCUGAAUCAGAUUACAGACUUCUGCAGCGAAUUGAAGAGAAUGGCGAUGAGAGCAAGGGAAAGAGAGGAUGUGGAGAGGUUGGAUGUGAGGAAAAGCCUAGGGGUUUUGAAGGAAGAGGUGGUGAAGAAGGAGGAGUGUAAUGGUGAGGUUUUGGGUGAGUUGAAUGGCAGGAAAACAGAGAGAGUGCCAUUGCUUGAGGUGGGUAAAGGAAAAACUCAGAGGCAAACAGAGAGAAUGCCAUUUCUUGAGGUUGGUAGAGGGAAAACUCAGAGGCAAACAGAGAACAUGCCAUUGCUUGAGGUGAAAACUGAAGGAAUGGAGGGGACCAUUAUCAAGGAGAAGCAGAGGAGGAACAAAAGAAUUGACGAAACAGAGAACAUCCCAAUCUCUCUGAAUUUGGAGAAUGUAAAGCGCAAAGGAGGGGAGAGCUUGCUGCAAAUCCGAACCAACCCUCCCUCUCCUCAAUGCUUUUCUGCCCCGAGGCCCCCCAGCAAACUGACACCUUCACAAGCUUCCAAGUCCAAGCUGAUGGAAAGGGGAAUCCUUGCAGACGCAGAGCAAAACAAUAAAGUGACCAAGGAGGAUUCCACAGAGAAAGGGAAAACUCCUUGCAUUGUUGAUGGAAGAGAAGCAAGAACCGUGGACGUUUUUUGGUUUCUAAAACCUUGCACAACGCUGUCCAACUAAAAAGGGACAACAUUGAGCAAGAAUUUGAUGCUCAUUAUUUCAUUCUUUUCAUUUUUCUUUAAUCUCUUUGCUUUGUUACGAUUCAUUGAUUCUUUUUCCAUUAUAGAGUAUAGUUUCGGUUUUUUCUUGAUUAAUGUGGAGUUGAUAAAUAAAACUGUAAUGUACUAACCACACAAUAAUUGUACUGGGCUCAGUCAGUUCCCAUGAAUAAAAUUUCAAUUUUUACCA